AUGGCUAAAGACACCGCUAUCAACUCGCGAAAGUCUUCUGUUGUGUUGAACGAACAACACGAUGCGCCAGCCGAGGAAGGAGUCAACAAUGAGCCAGAGGUCGGCGUUUUCAAGUUCUCGGCGGUCCUUGCUUCAGUAAUCCUCGUUUCGUUCCUGAUGUUGCUCGAUGUGUCAAUAGUUUCUACUGCAAUCCCCAGAAUUACAGAUGAGUUUCAGUCGCUGAACGAUGUGGGCUGUGGUGCCCUGCAGCCGUUGACAGGAAAGAUCUAUCAGUAUUUUCACCUCAAGUGGACGUACCUAUUCUGCUUCGGAGUCUUCGAACUUGGCUCCAUGCUCUGUGCCCUGGCUGAAUCAUCUCCUAUGCUCAUCGUCGGUCGUGCGAUAGCAGGCAUGGGUGGUGCAGGCCUCCAGAACGGUGGUCUCACAAUAAUCUCGAACUGUGUACCGUUGCAGAAACGACCUCUUUAUCUGGGCAUGAUGAUGGGCAUAUCGCAACUUGGUAUCGUGACUGGUCCUUUGAUCGGCGGGGCUUUUACGUCCUACACAACAUGGCGAUGGUGUUUCUGGAUCAAUCUCCCAAUUGGCGCUGUUGUUGCAGCCCUCUUACUAUUCGUACAAGUCCCGGAUCCCAUAGCCAAGGACAAGUUUUCGCAUACUAUUCGUACAGUCUGGCCCAACCUGGAUCUCGUUGGUUUCAUAAUAUUCGUGCCCUUUGCCAUUAUGGUGCUUCUGGGACUAGACUAUGGUGGCAUAGAUUAUCCAUGGAAUUCAGCAACUGUCAUUGGCCUGCUCGUUGGUGGUGGUGUAUGCCUUCUUAUUUUCAUUGCUUGGGAACAUCGAGUUGGAGACGGGGCUAUGAUACCAAUCUCUAUGCUCAAGAAGCGCAUUGUAUGGACCUCUUGCCUUAACAUGCUCUUCCUGGGAAGCUCCAACUUUGUCGCAUCAUACUACCUGCCGCUCUACUUCCAAUCCGUAAAAGGGACUUCGCCCGUACAGAGUGGUAUCAAUGUCCUGCCGAACAUCAUCAGCUCUAUCGUUUCGAGUGUCCUCAGUGGUGCGUUGAUUGGAGUUGUCGGCUACUACCUCCCUUUUGCUGUCGCGAGUGGCGCCCUGAUAUCAGUUGGCGCCGGCAUGUUGUCUGCCCUUUCGCCGUCGUCACCCUCAUCCUUCUGGAUUGGGGCACAAAUACCACUGGGAUUUGGUAGGGGCAUAGGAACUCAAGUACCCAUGGUGGCAAUGCAGAAUUUACUGCCACCGAAAGACCUUCCUGUCUCUAUGGCAAUGCUUAUCUUUAGCAUGACAUUUGGAUCUGCGAUCUGGCUGACCGUUGCCAACACUAUAUUUACGAACGGAUUGUCGUCGCAAAUAACCAAACGCGUUCAAGGUCUCGAUCCUGCAGUUGUUAUUGGCGCUGGGGCAACAAACAUCCGUCAGGUUCUAUCAUCCGACCAAUUGCCAGGAGUCAUUCAGUCGUACACAGAUGCGAUCAAUGAUGUUUGGUAUCUGGUAGUUGCGUUUGGUGCUUUGUGCUUCCUGACAGCGUGGGGAUUGGGAUGGAAGGAUGUAAGGCAAAAGAAAAAAGCUGCAAAAGCAGAGCAAGCAUGA